AUGGCUACUGGCUGGCCAGCUUGGACUAUCGUCUGUGCUAUCGUCCCGGAGAAGUGUGGUGUUGUGUUCUUUUUAUAUGCAAUGGACGCCAAUGUGCAAGACGAAGAAAAUGCUGUGGUCUCACACAGCUUCAAAGACUACCAAAGAGCCCUUGGGCCUUCAUUAGACGGUACAGACAAGAAAAAUCUAUUUUGGAUGGGCGGCGUGAUGGACUGUUUUUCGACGGUUUUGUCAAUUUUCGGUCGCACGGAGUUAAAAACAUCAAAAGAGGAUGACUGGGAAGUGCCGUUUGACGCUAUCACAGACAUGGUGUACUUGGGCUCCGGUGCCCAGGGCGUCGUAUUCAGUGGAAAUCUACGUGGCGAGAUGGUGGCCGUCAAAAAAUUGCGCGACAAGAGCGAGACUAACAUAAAACAUCUGAGGAAACUGAACCACGACAACAUAGUGCGCUUUCGUGGUGUUUGCACGCAAGCUCCAGUGUACGGUGUGAUUAUGGAGUAUUGUCAGUACGGGCCCCUCUUCGAAUUCCUCCACAGCGGUGCAUGCUUUGCGCCCAAGCAGAUCUUGAAGUGGGCCAAAGAGAUAGCUCACGGUAUGACGUACUUGCACAACCAUAAGAUCAUCCACCGCGACUUGAAAAGCCCAAACAUUCUGAUAGCAGAUAAUCUGGUGGUGAAAGUGAGUGACUUCGGAACCAGUCGCGAGUGGAACGAUGUGAGCACAAUCAUGAGCUUCACGGGUACCGUGGCUUGGAUGGCCCCGGAAGUGAUCCGUCACGAACCCUGCUCGGAGAGAGUGGACGUGUGGUCCUAUGGGGUGGUUCUGUGGGAGUUGCUCACUCAGGAAGUGCCGUACAAAAACCUGGAGACCCACGCCAUCAUGUGGGGCGUCGGCACUGACACCAUCUCUCUGCCAGUGCCCACCACUUGCCCGGAGAGCGUGCAGCUGUUGCUCAACCAGUGCUGGAAUAGGGUGCCGCGGAAUAGACCACCGUUCAAGAUAAUCGCCGCCCAUCUGGAGAUAGCCGGGGACGAUCUGUGUUCGAUGCGCGCCGAUUGCUUCAGCUCCACCCAGGCCACUUGGCGGAAAGAGGUCCAGCAAGGGAUGGACAAAUUCUACGCCAGAAGUGAGCAACCACCUGUGCAAGAGACCACCACACAGCGCAGGGAGGAAUUGAAACAGGCGAGAGAUGUUCGACAGAUCUAUGAGCAACAACUAUCGCGAGCCAACGAGCUCUACAUGGAGGUGUGCGCGGUCAGACUCCAAUUGGAGCAGCGCGAAAAAGCCAUCGCCGAACGCGAGAAGGCUUUGAAGGCGUGCCGGUGCGGCUUCCGCAAGAACUUUAAGUAUUACCAGCGGCAGACCUCGUCAUCUUCCGACGGCUUCAAACCGCUGGACUUCCAACUGGUAGACCCCAGCUCCCGGCGCCGCAAAAGGACAAAACAGGAGCCGGCACAACUCCUGGUCAGGUACACCGACAGGGACGAAGACACCAAAGAUGCCACCGUCACCGUCAAAGCUGUCAUGUCCUGCGACUGCGGCGAAGAGAGCGACAACAACAACAUGGACACAGUGAAACAGAUCAAAGACACCCUCGUCGAGAAAAACGGCAACGUCGACUUAGCAGACAAGUUCAAACUUGUCGACAAUUAUGUACCCAGCGUCGCGCAAGUCUAA